GAAAUCACGUGACAUUAAAAUCUUCAAAAAAAGACUUCAUUGAAGUCUAUGAAGUAAUGUCUCUGAGACAGUUUCUGUGAAAUCAUGUGACCACAGAGUGUCCGCCCCUUUCUGAAGAUAUAUAAACUGCUCUCUUUCUCUCUGCCUCCCCAACAUCACAGACCAACAACACAGACAGUGUCCGUAGUCGCUGCGUCACCAAUCUUCAGGAACUUCAGAUCCAUUUCUCUGGACCUCUUUCUGGGUUGACCAGGACUUUAAAAACACAGAAAACUUACAAGGUGCUCCAUCCUCAACUCCUGGGAAGCUGUUACCAUGGCAACAAAUACCUCAUCCAAAUAUGAGAACAUAAUUUCCACAAGUGAAGAGAUCCAGUCAGGAUCUCCCACUCUCUACCAGCUGAAACCAAAGAAAGAAGACAUUCAACCUCCAAGAACAAAGAAAGAGAACAUUGGAACUCUGACAAGAAUUACUCUUGGUGAAAAAGAUCCAAACAAGAUAAACAAAACCAUCUUACUUGUUGGUGAAACAGGAGCAGGAAAAUCUACUCUGGUCAACACUCUGGUCAACUACGCCAUGGGAGUGGAGUUGGAGGAUGAUGUCUGGUUUCAGAUCGUAGAAGAUGAGACAAGAAGUCAAUCAGAAAGUCAGACAUCAGAUGUGAUCAUGUACCAGAUCUUUGGGUUUGAAGGUAAAACUCUGCCCUACUCUCUGACCAUCAUCGAUACUCCUGGAUACGAUAGCACUGAUGGGAUCGAACAAGAUGUCAUCAUCAGUCGAAGAUUAUUUGACUUGUUCCAGUCAGAAGAUGGAGUUGAUGAGAUUAAUGCAGUGGGUCUGGUGAUGACAGCGAGUGAGAAUCGACUCAAUGACCGACUGAAGUACAUCUUUGAUUCAGUGAUCUCUCUGUUUGGAAAAAACAUGGAGAAGAACAUUGUCGCUCUCAUCACACACUCAGAUGGUGUGACAGCUGAAAAUGUUCUGAAAGCUCUCGAGGACGCAAACAUUAAAUGUGCCAAAGACAAAGAUGGUGAGCCUGUUCAUUUUAUGUUCAACAACCACCAGAAAACACAGAAAACAAAGAAAAAUAAUGUUGCUCUAAAAGGUGCAUGGGAAGUGACAAUGAACCAUAUGGGUGAAUUUGCUGAUUUCCUGAUCAAACAAUCCCCUCAGAAACUGAAGACAACUGUGGAAGUUAUGAAAUCCCAAAUCCGACUGACAGCCUGCAUCAACAACCUGCAGGACAGAAUCAAGGAGAUUGAGCUAAAACAGACAGAAAUCCAACAGACUCAAGCUGGUCUGAAGAAACACGAAGAAGAAAUGAAGAACAAUGAGAACUUCACUGUAGAAGUUGAUGAGCCCUACAAAGUUAAACAAAGAGUUGUUAGAGAGUGGAGGUGGUGGGCACUUGGGUUAAAUCAUGGAGGAGCUGUCUGCUGUACUGUCUGUGAGGAGAACUGUCACUAUCCAUGCAUACUGGCCUUGUAUGCAGAACAAUGUGAUGUCAUGAAAGAUGGCCGCUGCACUGUAUGUACCGGGAAGUGUCCUGUAUCAGUUCAUGUGAAGGAAGAACAAUGCACUGACUGUGAGGGUAAGUGUUCAGAUGAAUCAAAGCAUGUCAAAACCUACUGGAUCUAUGUGACCAAGACAAGGAAAGUUGAGAAGACCCUGGAAGAUGUGAAGGAGAAGUAUGAACAGAACAAAGCAGAAAGUGAGAGCAAGUUGAGCUUUUUGGAAACUCUUAAAAAAGACAUGGAAGAUCUUCAGAAAGAACAAGAUCAGUUGUUGGAAAAGUCCUUUCAGCAUGUUGUCCAACUGGAGGAGAUCGCCCUGGAUGUAAAUUCAUUGUCCACUUAUGUCCACUUGGACUUCCUGAUUGAGAAGAUGAAGGAGAAAGGAGACAUGGAGAAGGAGAAAAAACUCGAAGAGAUGAAAAGUCAAAUGGAUAAAGAUAAAGACAUCAAGGCAACAAUGCGCUACAAGUUUGGUCAAAUAAGAGAACCAGUUGGUAUUGGUAAGAAGUAGUGAUGAAGUAGAAUCACUGAGAGCAGACAGCUGUGUAGAAAACAAGGUCUACACUUAUGAUGAAAUGUUUCAUUAUAGUUAUAUAAUUUAUAUUUUAAAUGUGAUGAAAUUAAUUAAAUGUAAAUGUGUAAUUCCUGGAAACAGCUCUCUCUGUGGUAUAAUGACUGUUUCUGUUUGUUCUUGUAGUUUCAUGUUUAAUCACCAAAAGUUACUUCACUGAACAGAUUAGAGAACAGCUCCCCCCCCCUGCUGUUAAAUAUUGAGUACAGCAGCUUCCUCCCUCUAUAUCACUAACUGAAGUCAGAUCACAAAUACAUUUAUCAUUCUUAAGUUUUCUUUGUGUAAGUUUAAUGUUUUAAUGCUUUUCUAACGUGCUGUUCAGUCGAUAAAAGGCUGUGAUUUAUUCUGAUGUUAGUGUGAUGAUGACAGAAGUAAACUGGUGGUGGGACCGUAACACAUCACUGACAUUAAUAAAUAUCCAUAUCAAGCUGUUAAACAUGAUGUUUCCUCAUCUUGUUAAUCAGUUUGUUCAGAGGAUGUUACAGAACUGAACUCAGACACAAAUAUUCUGCUCAACUUUCACACUUCAGCCAUGAAAUCUAAUGGACUUUCAUUUGAUGUAUAUUAUAAUCAAUAUAUGUGAUUAUAUAUGAUAUACCCUGGUGUCUUCAUGUGUCUUCAUGCCUAAUGACUAGUUAUAAUAUUUCAGAAGACCCUGGCCAUGUGGAAACAUGUUGAUCAUUUCAUGUUGUACUUUUAGUUUUUAUUUUGAGUGAUUCAAUGUAUUUACAGUAUAUAUUGGGACCAGAGGGUAGUGUGAGUGGUGACUGGUAGCUGGAGAGGUACCAGUCAUCCUCCUGGAAACUACCUAACUGAUCGCUGGGCUGUGCAUGUUAAUCCAUAUUAAUGCAUGUCUAUAUCUUUCUCUUUGUGUGGAAAUGAAGCUAAAUAAUAACAAUGUAAAAAAAAAAUUCUCCCAGAGGACUUAUAACUUCCUCAUUAUAUUCUUUUGUUCCUCAUGAAAUCACACCCUGACUGAUGCAGUUUUCUGUCAAAUAUUAAUAAAAUGUCUGCUUGAAAUGA